GAGCGUUUCGUUGUGAAGGAGGUGUCCGCUGUCGAGAUGCGAACUUUCCACGAGGUUCACCAGCAAUAUUUUGACCACCUUAUGAGUGCCGCCCUUGAAAACCGUCUUUCAGUGCUAGCUCGCAUCGUCGGCCUGUUUCACGUAGGCUUCAAAAAUAGCGCCACGGGCGAGGCCAGAAGGAUGGAUGUCCUUGUGAUGGAAAAUCUCUUUCACAAUCGACCCGGUAUAACACAGAUUUACGAUCUCAAGGGUUCUCUUCGUGGUCGCCUCAUUACCAAGUCGGGAAGCUCCCUGUCCCGUUCUAUUGCGGUGGAUGUCAACAAUUCGUCAAACUCCUGCAACACAGCGCCCACCUCAGAAAACCACACAGUCGCGGCACCCUCUUCCGCCGCUGGGCCCGCAAAUCAAACAAAGCUCUCCAGCUUGACCAACGGAGAUGCCGUGGUGGCGCUGCCGCCUUCGAAAGUUCCUGUCUUGUUGGAUCAAAACUUUAUCAAUAAUGCUCUAGAAAACCCGAUCUACCUACGUCUGCACUCUAAGGUGCGCUGUUUUCUGAAUGCGCUGAUGCACUGCCUCAACCUGGAUACCCUGUUCCUUUCCGAACUCUUCAUCAUGGACUAUUCCCUCCUCGUUGGUAUCGACCCCUCCACCGGACAUAUGGUUGUGGGCAUCAUCGACUACCUGCGGAAGUUCACCCUCAACAAAAGAUUAGAAAUGCUUGUGAAGCAAACCAUUACCAGCGCUCAGGGUCCAAUGCCGACAAUAAUUACGCCUGAGGACUAUCGUGAACGUCUGCUAGAUCAGAUGGAUCGUAAUUUUCAACUCGUGCCCGAUCAGUGGUACGAUUCCCUUGUUGACCACACCGAAACCUGGCGGAUUUCGGCAAAUACCCCACCAAAGUCUGUUCCAUAG